AUGGUUCGGCAUAUUUUUUCUUGGCUCUGGGCUAUUCCUGCCCUAGCCCAAGUUCAAAGCUUUCAUCCUCAAGACCACGAUGAGAUCACUUAUAGCUUCAAUGUCCCCGAUACUACUGCCAAAUCGGGCUCGGGCCCCAUUUACUUCCAGAUGAAUUCGACUCGUCAAGUGCAAUGGUUUGCCAUGGGCCAGGGAAGACAAAUGGCAGGGGCUAAUAUGUUUGUGGUGUACACAUCUGGCAACAAUGUUACCGUUUCUCCGCGGUCGGGAGUUGGGGAAAUUCAACCGUUGUAUAACAAAGACGCCCAGAUUGCAAUUCUCAAUGGCAGCGGUGUGCACCGCGGAGUCAUCACUGCCAAUGUCCAAUGCGAUACCUGCCUGAAAUGGAAUGGGGGAACAGAGAACGUGAACAGCUCCUCAAGUCCGUGGAUUUGGGCUAUUAAAUACGGAGAGUCCCUAAAUUCAGUCAAUGUGUCUGAGGAUAUCACCCAUCAUGAUGACCACGGUGUUAUGCUCAUCGACCUGCAAGGAGCGACGGGCGGCAGCUCAGUGAACCCUUUCGCCCAAAUGGACCGAGUCUCCAUCUCCCCCAGUGAAGAAGAUCCGGAAUAUGCGGCUUUCCGAAACACAGUCAGAAGGAAAAAGACAGCUCAUGCUGUGCUCAUGGUUUUAGCUUUUGUGGUCAUGUUCCCUUUCUUCGCACUCGGACUGCAUGUUUUCCCAUCGAAAUGGACGGUGAACAUUCAUGGAACGUUUCAACUCCUCACUUUGGGCGUGGCAAUUGCAGGCCUUGGAGUUGGUGUUUCCAUGGCACGGCAGAUUGAACUGAUCGAUUCUUACCAUACCAUCCUCGGAAUGAUCAUUGUCGCAUCUCUUGCUCUGUUUCAACCUGCCAUGGGCAUGUUGCAGCACAUAUUCUUCCGGAAGACGGGUAGAAAAGGACCUUUUGCUUAUAUGCACCGCUGGUUUGGACGGUUCAUGAUAAUCUUGGGUAUUAUCAAUGUUGGGCUUGGAUUCAAGCUUGCGCAUGGACCUCGUGGGGCGGUCAUUGUAACUUGUGUUGUUGCUGGUAUUAUUGCGAUAGUUUAUAUUGUGAUAGUCAUCGCACUAGGUGUGGCAUUAACUCCCACUGUCCUUCAUACCCUCAUCAGUCAUUACUUGAAUCGCAAAUCGCUACAUAACAAACCCACCGUUCAUGUUACCUACGAUGAGGGUAUUCAGAUUGUUCGUCAAUUCUUAUUCUAUGCAUCCAAACAUCCCGUCGAAGACCUCCAGGCAUUCACUCGUCAAUGGGUACCAAGCCCACAUUGGGUGAGAACCGAGAUCAUCACAAUCCCCGACGAGUUCCUGUCCUCUGCUGCGCAUGCUGUCACAAAGCAGCUGGGCCCCAAGGGUGUCAUACGAGUGGGAGGAAAGAAAUGGUGGCAAUGGCGCGGGCCGUCCGAAGAGUUGAGGGGAGAGUGGAUUGAGAUGCGGAACCACUACAAUCAAACGGAGGGGGCCGGCAGGCAUUGUAAUCGUGUGAUGCUCUAUAUCCAUGGUGGGGCCUAUUUCUUCGGAAGUGUGGACACCCAUCGGUAUAUGAUGCAGCGACAUGCGCGCAAGCUGAAGGGUCGUGUAUUUGCACCCGAGUAUCGACUGUCACCGCAGUUCCCUUUUCCAUGUGGCUUGCAUGAUUGCAUGGCGGCUUACCUCUGGCUGCUCAAGUCCCACGAACCAAAAGAAAUCAUUCUUGCUGGUGAUUCUGCGGGUGGGGGCAUGGCUCUAUCAAUGCUGGUCAUCAUGAGAGACCAAGGUAUUCCCUUACCCGCGGGCGCCAUCUUGAUUUCACCCUGGGUUGAUUUGACACACUCGUUCCCGAGUAUUGUUGAAGACAACCCAGGCGAUUAUAUUCCUGCUUAUGGCUUCCGGCAUAAACCUUCGGCCGCUUGGCCUCCUCCCAAUGCCGAUGAUAUUCUGGAAAUCAAAAAAUUAUCGCGUCAACCAAGAGUGACUGCCGAGGAAGUUGAAAAAGUAAUUCCCCAACCGAACAGCACUGCUGAAGAGACUGCCAUCCGUGGUUAUACUGUCCACGAGAACACAUCAACCCCAGUCGAACCUGCCUACCCUGGCCUGCAGCAAACUCCGAGUCCUGCUACUUUGCAUGCUGAACCCGAUAAUAUUCACGUUGUUUUGGACGGGAAGACAGUCGAACUCAAGGACCAGAUCCAGUUGUACACGACGAACCAACUCAUGUCGCACCCUCUUGUUUCGCCAGUACUCCAACCCUCUCUGGGUGGCCUGCCACCUCUACACGUAUUGAGCGGCGGGGGUGAGACGCUUCGUGACGAGCAAUUCUACAUGGCCCACAAAGCAGCCAAUCCGACAGCAUACCCACCCAGUGACGCAUAUCUGGAUGAGAACGAUCCGACUCGGGAGAUCUUGAACAAGUACGAACCAACUUAUGUGCAAUUUCAGGUCUGGGAUGACUUAUGCCAUGUCGCUCCCACUCUGAGCUUCACGCGACCCGCUAAGUACAUGUUCCGUUCGAUUGCUCAGUUUGGCUCUUGGGCACUGGCUCGUGCACAGAAUGGCGAGGUUGAAAUCGAGGAUGAUAGUGCUCUUUCGGCCGUAUCAUCGAGCAGCUCAGAAGAUGAAGACAUCCCGGGGCCUCAAACCGCGCUGAACAAUCCGCCUGGCGGACCUGGGCCUUCGUCUGUCGGCAAGGCCGGGGAUCCUCUUCCAGCCUUCCAUGAACACAUGAUACGUCAAAGAAUUGAUAAACGAGGGCAUGUCUUCCAGCUAGAUCCUCCCUCUUCCUACCCAGUGCUAGAUAUCCCCCCUGCCGAAAUAGGGGCAGUUAACCCCGUGCUCAUCCGAAUGUGGUUGGAUGCAAAGAAGGAAUGGGAUAUCAGAUUUGCGAAGGAGAAGCUUCGGGUACAGACUCGACGCCUGAAAGAGCUGGCGCAUGGCUUCCAAGACUUUGAUGGCGAAUGUCCUCCCCCAAGCUCUUUGGCUGCCCGGCGAGCUGCUCCUGGCGUACUACCAAAACGACAUGCCAAGAAGAACUACGGCAUGAUGAUGUGGAGCGGUUGGGGGAGCAGGCAUGACGAGCGCAGAAUCGAAAUAGAGAAGCGGGCCGAGGAAUCGGGCAAACGAUCCACCCGUGUCAGCACUGAUGCUGGGCAGGCUGGAGCAUGGUCUAGCACUCCGGCGACGAAUCCCCAAACUGAGAAAGCAUUGGACAAAGACCUUACCGACAACAAAUCGCAGUCCAACGGCUACACAGAAGUCAGUUGGGAUGAAAAGGAACAUCCCAAUAACGGUGACUCUUCUAAUGGACGCAUGUCCACAGAUCACGAAACUGGCUCUCGACCUCUCUCGGAGAAAAGCGCUGGACCAAUCCUUAUAUUGCCCGGGGUGAACAACAACAAAUUCACCGAUGAGAACGCCAGCACGAGGGGCCUCUUCCACGCAGCAGGAACUCUCCCGAUGAAAUCCGAUCUCUCAUUGGCUCACAGCAGGUACCGGCCAACAUCCGCUGCAGGAUCAGGCACUGGCCGAAGCGAAAUGAUGUCGGACACUGGCAGUACCAUUGGCGGCGACAAGGACUACUCCGCAUUCAUGAACAUGGCCUCCGAUAAUGCUAGCAGCCGCGCUGUGAUGGGCGCGCGAGGUGUUAUUCCCCCAAUGAUGGCUGGCGAGAAUGGCCGAAGUGAGAUGAUGUCGGACACUGGCAGUACCGUUGGCGGCGACAAGGACUCCGUCACCUACAUGAACAUGGCAUCUGAUAACGCUAGCAGCCGAGCUGUGAUGGGCGCGCGGGGUGUGAUUUCCCCAAUGAUAGCUGGCGAUAAUGGCCGUCGCUCUACAGAUACUCUAUCUGUGUUCUCCGCAACUGGUCGGGACUCCAUGUCGCAUCGCCCUGAAACGCUGGACAAGGAGGUUUACAAAACUGCCGAGUAA